AAGAGCAAUACAGAUAGGGAGCGUGUGUGUCCACAAGACGAGAUGGAAAUUUGAGUCAGAGGACAGGAUGUCCCCAGCGUAUUCGAAUGCCCCUUCUCGCAGAAUGGACUGCUUCCUCACAAGUUCUUUCUAAAUUCCUCGCGCAAAACGCCUCGUCUACCACGUUCACAGGGUCAACGACGAGCCUACAUUGUGUGCAGAGUUCCAUAUCGUCACUGCUCAAUGGUCGGGAUCGCUAGAUCCCGAGGAUGUGCUACCUGUCGCAAACGAAAGAUUGCGUGUGGGCUACAACAACCCUCUUGUGCUCAAUGCAUUAGAUCCAAGAGAACAUGCACUGGCUAUCUUCGACACCCGAUCAUCAUUCAGCACAAAGUCCCACGCCACAAUACCCAUGCUAGAUCCAAGAAAGCAGAACAGCCUAUCAAGCAUCAAAUUCAAAAAGUCCAACUAGAGCCCAAAGAGCCUUGUUAUGCGCAAGUCUCGUUGGGCGCUCAGGGCGAUGCCAGUCCUUCUUAUGAGAAGCCUUCAAUGAUAUCUCCCGCUGAUUUGCAGAUAAAUUCAACCCCUGCCAUCAGACAGCAGCUACUGCAAGAGUAUCUGCACUAUCAUCUUCCGAAACCCGAGAUCGGCAUGCCGCCACGCAGAAUGUGGCUGCUCCGGCUUCCUGAGCUAACUUACAUGACCCCUGCAUUGGAGUACGCUUCCAUGGCCGUUUGUCUGGCCAAGUUAGGUAAUGUCUUCAACGACCAGGCAUGUAUCAAAGAGAGUUUCAAGCUGUACAAUCGUGGACUAUGGCAUCUUCAGCAAGCCUUAUGGGACCCGGAACUCAUGCUACACGAUCACACCCUCACUGCAUGCAUCUCUUUGGCUAGCUACGAAUUGUCUGAGUGUCCUAAUUCCUCGAAGGAUGCUUAUAUCAACCACACCAAGGGUUGCCAGGCCCUUGUCAAGCUGAGGGGCCCAGAGGCACAUGCACAUGGUUUGGCACAUCAGGUGUUUGUGCAUUUCCGAGUCCAAGGGAUUCUUUACGCCUUAGACCAGCAACGGCCUACCUUCUUGUCAGAGCCAGCUUGGCGCGAAAUACCAUGGCAAAAUGAGGCCAAGACAGCGUUCGACAAAGCCUACGACCUUCUAGCACUCGCUCCAGAGUUUCUAGGCAAAGCACGGAUGUUCGGGCAUCUAGAUCUCGCUGGUCAACUGAACCUCGCACUGAGCAUGAUACCACAAUGCUGGGUCAUCGACAGAGAAGUCUCGGCUCUAUGGGACAGCAUGGAGAAGAGUCAGCCAAGCCCUUUAUUUUGGCCUCGUUUGGCCCAAAGUGAAUUUGGCCAAGAUGAUGCCGACGAGGCGAGGUUAUUUCCGGUGGCUUUUCAUUUCCCUAAUCUUGGGGUUGCGCAUUGCCUUCUGAUCUGCUGGACCGUGCAAACCAUACUGUGGCACGGAAUGAAGGAGCUAUACAGAUUGAUGGGCGAGCUGGAGAUGGCAGCAGCUACUUUUGGUCGAGUCGAGGAGAGCAUCGAUCCAGAUUCGGAGUCUGGGAGAUUGCGAACAGCACUGGCAUGCUCCGGGAACGUGUUCGAUCUUCCGCCUCUGGAACAUCGGGCAGAGUUCGUCGCCCCUGCUCGCAACAUUUUCCAGUCUGUGGAAUUUUGCAUGAUGGAAGAUACGGUGGAUCAGGGUCCGAAAAGUCUUGCUGCGCCACUGAGAGUCGCAACGGAGAUCUUGAGACCGUAUCCUGACCUCAAGAGGGAAGUGGAAUUCGGAGACAAAGCCAUGGCAAAAAUUCAAUUGCGCUCGUUGAAAUUGUUGCAGUAUUACACCGGGAUUGAGAUAUGAUAUGGGGGUUUCUGGUUGUACAUUUUGGCGCGAUCAAUCAAUUCAUAACCCCAUGGUAAUGUGAUCCACUUGUAGAGCAUUAACGCAUGCAUUCCAAUCUGAUGUAGAGUUGAACA